GGCUGCCCACCGUAGGGCCGGCGUGUGUACCUUCCGACACCUGCGGCUUGAGGGAGUGCAGCUCACAACCGCAAGUCUUCGUCCGUCCUUACCCACCUUACCCUGCCCCACGUCGCUGAGAGCCACCUUCCGUCGCGACCAGACUCAGAAUCCCGCGCCAGAGACUAGAGGCGACCCAGUCGGUUCCCGCCCGGCCCUCGCCUCCCGCGUCCGCGGAGCUCGACAACCGCGACUUCGGCGGGACGAUGCUGGAGUCCAUUCGCGUGACGGAAAAGCUUCACUGGCCUGAGCAAGAACUUGCUAAGAGGUCUAUUCUAAAUGCAGAAGAGUCAUUGAUCAUUGACAGCAAAAGAAGCAUUUCACAUUUAUCUUCUGGAAUACUAAAGGACAUUUUCACAACUGGAACCAGCAGUUACAAUGUCCUACUACAGAGCAAAGAGGAAAAGAAGCAUCAUUCACAAAAACAGUCUUCCUCCACCUACUCCAAAAGACACAGAAAACCCAGCAAAUCUCCUAGUUCUUCUCGUAGUAAAGAUCUUCGCAAGAUGAAAGCCCCAGUGCCUGUGAUGAGCAGUAGCACUUGGUACUGCCUAGAAAGGCAGCCUGCUGUUUUUGUCACUAGUUCAGUGUCCAGUCCUGUAAAGUUUAUACAUGAUAUCUCUGUUACAGGGAACAGCAUAGUACUGCCACCUAAACCCAAAAACAAGGUCAAGCAGUGCCAUAUCUCUACUCUUCCAAAGUCAAAGCUGCAGCCUCAGCUGUCUAGAAGUUUUGAAAAAGGAGAUGAUUUUUCUGGAAAGAAAUUUUGUAUAUUGACUGCUAUAAAGCCCAUCAACUUGGAGAAAGAAAAACUGAGAUUCUUCAAGUCUGACUAUACCUACAAUCCUCAGUUUGAAUAUGCUAAUCCUUCUCUGCCAAGUGUGUUAGCCAAGCACAGCAAUGCAUCUGAUCGAUUUCUUAAGCAGUCCAUCAAUAUUAUGGAACUGACUUUACAGAAAUAUGGAAGUUAUGAAAAAUUUGAACAGGCUACUGGUGGUAGCCUGCUAUCUAAAACUCGAAUCUGGAGUCAUGUUAGGAAGUAUAUGAUGAAAGAAGGCUGCAUGGGUGAGAUUGUGGUUCAUCUCACUGAAGAUCUGCUUUCCCGUGCAUCAAUGACAGUGGUAAAUGGAUGUCCAACACUGACCAUCAAUGUUUCCACUGCACGUGAGCAUUGGCUGGAGGGAAUGCUGAGGCAUGAGAUAGGCACACACUAUUUUCGAGGUAUAAACAACCUCCAGCAGCCAUGGAACAGUUGGACUGGCCGUAAAAAGCAUGAGUUAAAGCCAAACAAUCCCACAGAGGAAGGGCUGGCAAGUAUUCACAGUGUCCUGUUUAGAAAAGACCCCUUUUUAUGGAGGGCUGCUCUCCUCUACUACACAGUUUAUCAAGCCAGCCAAAUGUCUUUUUGUGAACUCUUCAAAGACAUCGGGAAGUUUGUCAAGGACCCCAAUACAAGAUGGGAUUAUUGUGUACGAGCCAAGAGGGGAUGGACUGAUACUUCUCAACCAGGGUGUUUCAGUAAAGACCAGGUAUACUUGGAUGGCAUCCUGCAAAUUCUCCGAUACAGAGAGACCAUCGAUUUUCAUUUACUAACUGCCCUGGGGAAGGUCUCUUAUGAAGAUGUGGAUCGGUUAAAAGGAUUGGCAGUUAUUGAAAACAUGAGGGUCCCUCACUUCCUGCAGGACCAUGGUCGAUAUAUGGAACACUUAGAGAAGAUCAUGGAAGUGAAUGAACUGACCGACAGGGAACUGAAAGAUCUUAUAUAUUAAUUAACUUUCUUGCAGACAUAGCUCAGCUAUACCUCUAUGUAUAUUACCAGUUAGGUGCAGUUAGCACCAGCAGAUUUAUAAAAGAAGAAUGUUUACAUGAGUUUUCUGAAGAAUGCUCUGCAGUAUUCUGGAUUUUAAGGUUAAGUACGAACCUUAAACUAUUUACCUGUAAUGUUUCUAUAGGUUGCAGGGGGAAGUUACUCCUGCUUUCAUCUAAGACUCAACAAAGUCAGAUGAAAAUAUUACUGAUGAGUAUUUUUGAAGAACCUCAAUCAAAUUGAGUGAUAAACUUCUGCCUGAGCACCAAGCCACUUCUCACUAGAAAUUGAAUUACCAUGUUGUUCAAACUCCAAGGUUAUAUUUUAGUUGAUAAAUUAAUAGUAACUAUUCUCAUUAGUUUUGUUAUACCCUUAAAAUCUAGCUAUAUCUAAGAUUUCUCAUUUUUCUUAUAUGCUAAGUAAUGUUAAAAAAAAGGAAGAAGCAAUUUGAAAAGUUCUUUAUUUCCCUUAUGGUUUUACCUUAUCAGUUUAUAGGAAUUAGAGAAUUACCUCAUUUUUCCAGUUAUCCUUUAACUAAACUAGUUUCAUUUGCUGAAACAUAUUGUACCCCUUCAAAAUUUUAAGUAAUGAAGUUUUAGAGUCUUUCCCUCUCCAUACCUUUAUGUGAACAAAUUUAAGUUCCAGAGAGGUUUGUCUACAUAAUUAAAAUAUGGGAAAAGGAGAAGCUACUCACCUUUUUAUUAAAUGGAAUAAUCAACAGGGGACAAAUGCACUUAUCUAGUUCAUGUAUAGGUUGGAUGUUGACUGAAUAACAUCUACAGUAAACUUGACUAUACUCUGAAAAAUGGAAUUUUGGGGCAUUGCAAUUUGAUAAAUUAGCCUUGUGAUACUAGCUCAGUGUAUUUUAUCAAAAUCUGACUUCAUCAACCUAAUAAUAACAUAGUUUGAAUUUAAAAAAUGAGAGGUCUGUUUUGUUCCAUUUCUCCUGCUAAAAGUUUAUAUACCUAGCACUGUAAUUGAUCAAUUUUAGUACAUACUUGGAUAUAUAUAUAUAUAUACUUGAGAUUGAAAGGUUCUUCAAACAUCUUAUUUUAAUGAUUGGAAAGAAUACUGCUGUAAACACCCCAUUCAAAAUUGCUACUGUAAUUUCUCUGCAAAGCUACCUGAGAGAGUUUAUCUUUACCUCAAGUCAGGCUUAAAUAUGGUGCUAACAAUGGUAAAUGCAUACUACAAACGCUGGUCCACAUUCAUGGUAGGAAAUGAUUUUAGGAAAUAUUUUGCAGGCUAUGUUAUGUGAUUUUUCUCAUUCCCAUAGCCAGAAAGGCUUGCCUCAAAGAAGAAUGUUGUAGCAAACAGGAUAUACUCUAGCUGGCACUUGGAAGUCCUUGCAAAGCGAUGCAUCUCAUCUUAGUAGUAGCAGGCCAGGCGCUUUGUAGCAUUGAAGGUGUUCACAGAUGUGCCAUGCUGGCUAGAGUGUGGCCUGCACAUCUCUCAGCAGGGCUUGGGAGCACAGCGCAUCAACAUUAACUAGGCACUGGACAACCACUCUUGACCCUCAAUCAGUAUUUCCUUGUAGGACAAUCUUCUAGUUUCAGCUUUGUGUAGUGUCUUCUGACUUCAUCUUCAAACUUAUCAGAGAUGAUUGUGAAAACAAUGUCUUAUUUAUUGAUAUUGAAAUAUAGACAGAAAUGGCAAUAUUUAUGUCCUGUGAUUUAAGACCAAAUGCUUAUAAACUCAGUAUUUGUAGGCAGUAACACUGCUAAUCUUAUGGUUUUAAUAUAAAGGAAGAUCAUAGCAGCCUUAAUUUACUAUUGGAAGGAUUAUUUGCAGUGGUUCUAGUCCCUGAAUUUAAAAAUGGAUACUCUCUCUUUAUCUGAUUUGGAAAAGGAAAAUCUUCCUAGCCUUACUGCUUUGGUAUAUAGAGACAGAAAACAUGAGCACUGUCCAGGCAGACCUUUAAAUCACACUGAUUGUCUUAAGAUAUUUUAAAAGUUAGCAAUGAACCAAAAAUAGUUUCAGAUUAACAGAAAUACAGAGCUCUAAACUUUAAAAGUUGUUGGGGUUGAAGAUUAAAUUAAUGUUUAUUCUCUUUUAUUAAAUAGCAAUUAGGUCAGCUUUGUUCCCUAAGAGUUUUAAUUAAUAGAAAAGCAUAGUAGCAGCACUUAGGAAAAUAGUUGAAGAUUUAUUAAUUUUAAUAGUUAUUUGCAAUAGGCAAUUGAUGAUUAAGAUUUCAUCAAUUUUGUCCACUGUAAUUCUAACAUGGUUGUAGCAAAUACAAAUUCUGAUAAACUGUUAGGUUUUCCCUCCAGAUGGGAUUCAAAGUAAAGUUCUUUGCAAAUGUAAAUCCAUAGUCUUCAUUUCUUUAUAUUUUCACCUUUGUAAAAGUAUUUAAAAUUUAUAUAGUUUGUUUUGUAUAUCUUUGGGCAUUUGUGUCUAGCUAUAAUAGAAAUAAAUAGCAUUGAGGUUCUCAAGUGAAGUCAGUGAAUAUAUAUGCAUAUAAACUUAUGUUCUUUGAAA